AUGUCUGCUUCACCCGAACACCAGGCCGGUUCGGCUGCGGCCUCCCCGGAGCCCGAAAAAGUCGCGACCCCAAUUGCCGCCGACGAUGACGAGGCCGAGCAGCCUGCAGACCCCAUCGCUGAAGCCGGCGAUAAUGAUGAUGACGAUAACGAAGGUGGCAUCUCCGAUGACGAGUCGAUUCUGUCUGAGGUCGAUGAGGCGCAGUUUGAGGACUUCAACCCCGAGAACGUUGAUGUCGAGGAUCGUCCCCAGCUGGCUAUUGAUGAAGAGAACCUGAAGCUGAUUGGUCGCCAUAAGCGCAAGCGUGCUGAUGAUGGAGAGGGUCGCUCGCGCCGCAAGGAGGGUCGCCGUGAGAAGAAGAGCCGUCGCGCGCAGGAUGAGGAUGAGGGCGAGGAUGGAUCUCGUCGCAAGGAGCGCAAGAAGAAGGAGGCCUCGCCUGACACGGAUGAGGAGACUCUAGAUCCCGAGACUCGUCGUCGCCGUGCUCUUGAUCGUGCUAUGGAUGAGGCGAUCCGAAAGCCUGGAAAGAGGCGCUCUCGCAAGCAAGACGGCAUUGACCUUGAAGCUAUGGCCGAUGCUGAAAUUGAAGACAUGCGAAAGCGCAUGACCCACGCCGCACAGAUGGACGCCAUUAGUCGUCAAGAGGGCAAGCCCGCUAUGCACAAGCUCAAGCUUCUUCCCGAGGUUAUCAUGCUCCUCAACCGCAACCAGUACAUCAACAGUUUGGUUGACCCCGAGAUUAACCUUCUCGAGGCCGUCCGAUUCUUCCUCGAGCCCUUGGACGAUGGCUCUAUGCCUGCAUACAAUAUCCAGCGUGACCUGUUAACCGCCCUCGCCAAGCUCCCCAUCCAGAAAGAUGCUCUGAUAGCCAGCGGAAUUGGCAAGGUCGUUGUGUUCUAUACCAAAAGCAAGCGUACCGAGCGACGCAUCAAGGAUAUGGCUGAGAAGCUGCUGGCUGAGUGGACACGGCCAAUUCUCCAGCGCAGCGAUGAUUACUCGAAGCGCGUUUUCCAGCAGGCUGACUUUGAUCCUACCAAGAUCAUCAAGCGCACCCAGACUCCCGCCGAGAUUGUUGCUGCUGAAGCUCGGGCUCGCGAGAAGCUUCCUCCGCGUCUUGCCAAUCGUGCCCGUGUCGACCGCACCAAUGUCACCUACACCAUUGUGCCACGACAGACUGCAGUUCAAGAGAGCAAGUUUGCGCGACCGCUUGGCAGCAGCGGCGAGGACCGAUUCCGCAAGAUGCAAGCCCGUAACAAUGCGGCGCAGAAGGGUUCUCGUCGGUAA